UAGACCUGCGAAGAGAAAUUUAGGUGUGGAGCGUAUAUCAGUUCCAACACUUUAUUCGAUAGGAGAGCGAAGAACUGUAGCACAUAUUUUCAUGUAAAUUGUGAUUUAUUUUGAAUCCAAAUUAUGUAGUAAUUAGGUAGUUCCCAGACGUUCUUCACAAACAAAUAUAUGGCACUGCUGUAGCUAUACAAAUUGUAUAAAUUCGGCAUUAUCAAUUUGCCUGCUCCGAAUAUUGUCUCUCUAUGCAACAGUGGACUUAGUUCAAGUUCAAUGAGCUGAAUAGUUGGAAACUGUUGUGGUGUUGCGUCAGUGUAGUAGAGCGAAGAGCAAUGAGAAUGGAAAGGAUUUGUUCUUAAAUAUGUGUAUAUUUUUAUGACAUUUCAUUGUGCAGUUUAUUUUCCUAAGCUGGUUGUGUUGUGGAUUAUUAGUAUUUUACAUUUAAAAAUUAGUUUGCCCAGUCUUGUUGAAAUGUCUUGGAUUCGUGACAGUACAUUAAGUUGGAUACAGUUACUGUGUGUGAAGAUUAUAAAAAAUGGUAGAGUACCUAAACAUGUAGCCUUUAUCAUGGAUGGCAACAGGCGAUAUGCCAAGAAAAAUAAUGUACAAAAAGUUGAGGGCCAUUCCCAGGGGUUUGAAAAGUUAGCAGAAACCUUGCAGUGGUGUCUGGACCUUGGAAUCUCUGAAGUUACAGUUUAUGCAUUCAGCAUAGAGAACUUCAAACGCAGCCAAGAAGAGGUUGAUGCUCUAAUGGAGCUCUCUCGGCAGAAGUUUAAACAGUUGCUGUGUGAGAAGGACAAGCUGAUGGAACAUGGGGUGUGCAUCAGGAUUAUUGGAAAUCUGUCACUUCUUCCACAGGACAUCCAGAAACUUAUAGCACAGGCCAUGAUACUCACAAAGGACAACAAUAAAACAUUUCUGAAUGUGGCGUUUGCAUACACAGCCAGGGAGGAAAUGGCACAAGCUGUUCAGGCUGUGGUGUCUGGUGUGGAGGAUGGUGCCCUCAGAGUGUCUGAUGUAACUCAAAAGCUGCUGUCUAGCUGCAUGUACACAAGCACCAGUCCUGACCCAGAGCUGCUGAUCAGAACCUCAGGAGAGGUCAGGCUCAGCGAUUACAUGUUAUGGCAGGUGUCUUGCAGCUGUAUCUACUUUGCGGAUGUCCUCUGGCCAGAGUUCAGCAUCUGGCAUCUCCUGGCCGCCAUCAUUAAGUUCCAGCGGAGCUAUGCUCAGCUUGUCCCUGUGUGUCAGGCUGAUGAGAUGGCUAAUGGAUCUUGCAGUGAACGGUCCAGUGUGUUUCAGACCCGCCUGGCUGCUAGUAGGUUGGCCACACUAGAGGAAUUGAGCCAUGCUAUAUCCUGACAUUGCUAGUGCAACUAAAUUACCUUGGAGACCAUUAGAUGGCUGGUCAAAGCUGUGACAACUGGAACUUGACUGCAGAUAUUCUGACACUUUGUGAAAAUGUUUAUAUUCACCAGUCAAACUGUUACAAGAAACAAGAAACAUAAGGAAUGAAAUCAGUUAUAAGAUUUGUGUGUACAGUCGGAUCCUUAUUUAAUAAAUCUCUGGGUAAUACAGUUUAUGCAAAAUUA